GUUUGGAUGCCUCUCACCUCUGCAGUUUGUCAAUCGUGAUAACCUUAGCGUUCUCACCUUGCAACUAUGAAGGAUACCGAGCCAAAACAAUGACACCAUCUCCCCCAUCUAGCCUUCAGAGCUCAGGCAUCCAAUGCUUAUUGCUUGACUUCAUCACGCCAUUGUCUCCGUUUUCCUCCUCGUUAAUGAUUCUCCUUUGGUUGGUUAUCCAAACCAUCCAACUUUUCGCUUCGCUUUUUUUUUGGUAUCAUAUUUUGCUUCAUCGUUUUAAUCUAUUCUCAUGGUCUCCAUCAUUAGUUCAUUUGCUUGGACUCGUUUAUGAUGCCUACUUAGAACCAACGUGUCUCCACAUGGAGUUAGUCCACAUUUGGACCCCAAGCUAACCUAUAUAUAUAUAUAUAUUCAUGAAUAUUGCACCGAAACCCACGAAAUAUCUCGAGUUCUAAGGAGAGAUUUCACCCCACCAUCUUGUUACUAGUGAUUUCCGAAGCACAAAACUUCGAUGGCGGAACAGAUGCCCAUCAUCGCUGCUGGCCGCGCGGCCGAGCCGGUUGACGGAGCGGCGAAGGAUGACAUGCAGAAGGCUCCUGCUGAACAAGCUCAGGAUAAGAAUAGUGCUCUUGAAAAGCUAAAGGUUGACGGCUCUGACUCUGGUUCUAGUCCUGAAAGAGACUCAGCAAGAGGUGAUGACAGCUCUGAUGGAGAAAAAAAGAAAAAGAUGGUAGCGAUGGAGAAGGAUAAGAAGAAGGCAAGUGGAGAAAAGAAAGAAAGGAAACUCCUAGGUGAUAGCUCUGACUCUGACUCUGGUGACUCCGCCUCUGGCUCGGCCUCGGCCUCCGCCUCAGCCUCUGACGACGACUCCGCCUCCAACUCCGCCUCUGGCUCGGCCUCAGCCUCUGACGACGACUCCGCCUCUGACUCGGCCUCAGCCUCCGACGACGACUCCGCCUCCAACUCCGCCUCUGACUCUGGUUCUGGUUCUGAUUCUGACAAAUCAAGCAGUAAAGCAGUGAAGAAGGAUAAGAAGAAGAAAAAGAAGGGGCUAAUGGAGCUGAUUAAGGAGAAGCUCAGCAAGAAAAGCGAGGAAGGAGUGGAGGUUCCCGAAAAAGCUGUUGACAAGCUGGAAUGUAAGAGCAACAACUCUGCCUCCGACUCAGAAUCCGGUGAUGACUCCAAAUCUGGUGCCGACUCCGGCGAGGAUUCUAAAUCCGGCCAGUUAAUGGAGGACGACAAAUCUAAAACAGAGGAAAAGGAAGCACAGGAGAAGGCACAGGCAGAGCCUAGUGAAGGGACUGGAGAAGACACGCCAUCAGUAGCACCAGAGAAAACCAUGGAAGUGGAGGAAACCCGAGAAGAGAAGGGCAUCUUGGAGAAGAUCAAGGAAAAGCUAACUGGCGAUCAUGAGCAGACCCAAGGGCAUUAAGAAGCCUGAAGGUGGCAGGCAAAGUGGGAUGGACGCAAGGGAAUAUAGUAAAAAGCAUCAUUCCAGCUAUCAUAAAAGCAAUAAAGUGUGAGAAGGUCAAGGAGGGCACUUCGAAGGCAGCUUUUCUUCUAUGAUUACUGUAAUGCAAGGUUUUUAAUUAUCUUUUAAAUUUGCAUGUGUGGUGAUUAGUUGAACUCCCCCCUCCCCCCUCUCCUUAAGUGUGGUUUGUGAUAACAUGAUACAAAUAAUGUAAUGAAUUAUGUAUGGGUGUCCAUGUAGUCUUCAUCAAUAUGCAUAUCAAUAAUAUGAUUGGUUAUUUUA